ACUGAACACAGAUUUAAAAACGAAAUGUCAGUUAUUAAAUAAACGUUUUUGUAAAACCUAAAUAGUUUUUUUACCAUUGUUUUAGGCUAAAUAACUAAAAUCAUGCCCAGGUUUGCCGAACAAACUGUAAUAAAGAGGAAACUGCAUGCAGACCGUCUGGUGCUGGUAAAGAGGGAGGAAUGGGAAGCGAGAGAACCCAAGGAACCACUCCCAGCAGUUCCCUUGCCCAUCCAGUACGUUGUGGUGACAUGGACGGACACGGAUAUAUGUGAAUGGCCCGCGGCGUGUAUGAAGAGGGUGAAGAGUAUCCAGGAAGACCACAUGGACAACAAGGGACUGCCCGACAUCAGAUACAAUUUCCUGAUAGGAUCGGACAAGCAGACGUAUGAAGGAAGAGGCUGGAGAAUGAUGGGUCCGACCUACCCGGAGACCAUAGAAGGGGCGAAGGAAAUCAACGGCAAGAGCAUAGAAAUCGCCUUCAUCGAGAAAGACAUGCAGAUACCGUCUGACGAUCUUGCUUCAGCCAUGCUCAAGUUUCUAGCCAAAGAGAUGGCACUCAACAAUGUCGCCAGGCCUCUGGAGUUCAAGGCCAUCAUGGACAACAAGUUCGUCAGGUUUUCAAGACUGUUCGAAGGAGAGAAGGUGGCCGACUUUAUGUAUACCGAGGAAGAGCGCGCUGCCGAAGCCGAGAGGGAUCAAGAAGCCGAGGAGAUAUUAAAAGAAUCUUUGAAAGAACUGGAAGAGAGGGACUCGUGGAUUGAUAAUGAGAUGGAAGCUAUAUUGGAAGAGCAAAGAGCGGUGAUCAAGACAAAGACUCCAGAGGAGAUCAAGAAGGAAUACGGUUAUACUGAGGACGUUGACGAGGAGAAGGUCAGAGCAGUAAAGAUACCAGAUGAUGAAAAACCAGAAGAGGCAGAAGGAAAUCCCACAACUGAUGAAAAAACGUAGUAUAGUACCUAGUAUUUUCGAGUUAUAUUAAAUAGUUGAUUUUUUUAUUACAAACCAGCAGCAAACCCCUGCAUUGCCCGGGUUAAAUAAAAUACACAAUAAUAAAAUCUUAAUACAGUAUAUAAAAGAAAGUUGUGUUAAUUACAGCGUUUAUAACUAGAAAACUACUGAACCAAUUGGCAUGAAAAUUUACAGGGAUACUCCUUAGGUACUAGAAUAACAUAAUAGCCUGUUUCCGUUUCAAAAACCCUUAAGGGAAGCGUCCUAUGGCCCU